GUGAACGUGCCGAAGACGAAGAAGACGUACUGCGGCGGCAAGUGCAAGAAGCACACCACGCACAAGGUCACGCAGUACAAGAAGGGCAAGGACAGCGUCUACGCGCAAGGAAAGCGGCGGUACGACCGCAAGCAGUCGGGCUAUGGAGGGCAGACGAAGCCCGUCUUCCACAAGAAGGCGAAGACGACGAAGAAGAUCGUGUUGAGGCUGCAGUGCCAGUCGUGCAAGCACAUGCACCAAACGCCCAUCAAGGUGAGCGCGCGCUCGCAAGUGCAGUGGGAGCGGGGGGAAGAGCGGGUGUGGGGGGUGGAGGAGGUGUGGCGUGGCGGGUUGAGUGGUCGCGGAGGAUCAUGGUGGUGCAGGGCUAUUGGAGCCAGCGCUAG